AUGACCUUGCUAGUACACAAGAAACCAAUUGAUGUGAAAUGGGUCUACAAAAUAAAACUGAAGCCUGAUGAACAUAUUGCAAGGUACAAGGCCAGACUUGUAGCAAAGGGAUUCUUGCAAAUACCUAGACUGGAUUAUGAUGAAGUACUUGCACCAGUGGCCAGGAUUGAAACUGUGAGGUUGGUAGUGUCAAUGGCCAGUUACAAAGAUGAUUUAUUGCUUACUGACAGCAAUGAAGCAAAAAUCCAUGAAUUCAAAAUCAGAAUAGAGAAGGAAUUUGAGAUGAAAGAUCUAGGCAAACUAUCAUACUUCCUUGGUAUUGAGUUUGUAGUCAAAGAAAAUGGAAUUUUUAUGCAUCAAAAGAAGUAUGCUAAUGAUGUACUAGCAUGCCUGGUCCUGUCAAAGGAAGGCAAUGAAGAGCGGGUUGAUUCUACCACAUUCAACCAAUUGGUAGGAUCAUUGAGGUACUUGUGCAACACAAGGCUAGACAUAGCCUAUAGUGUUGGUAUGGUUAGUAGAUACAUGGAAAGGCCUAGAACUCCUCGUUAUUUGGCAGCUAAAAGAAUUUUGAUGUACAUCAAGCAUACAAAGUGA